AUGGCUCCCGGCGGCGCCUUCAGACACCUGAGCCUGGCGCUGGGAGCCGCAGUAGCCGUCCUGGGCUCGCUGCUUUGUAUCGCCUGGAAGAUCUACUUCCGAGACGUCGGCGACAGCUGCAUCGGCGGGAAAGGACGCUGGAAGCAGCGGCUGGAAGCGGAGCUGAGUGAGACCGCUCCGAGCGCGGGCAAGCCACAUUCCUGCGAGUAUCAGGUUUUAGUUCUGGGCUUAGAUGGGGCUGGCAAGAGCAGUAUUCUUCAUUAUGUCUGCAGUACAGAAGCCAAGAAGUGCAUCACUCCCACUCAUGGCUUCAACUCAGUGCAACUGCAGGACAGUGGCCUUCACAUGGACCUGUUAGAGGUUGGUGGCAGCCAGAAUCUACGUUUCUACUGGAACCAGUACCUGAGCAAAGCCCAUGUUCUGGUUUUUGUAGUGGACUCUGCAGAUGGCCCACGCCUUCACAUGGCCCGGCAGGAGCUUCACUGCUUGCUAGCAGAGGUUCCUCAGUUGCCUUUGAUAGUAUUGGCUAACAAACAGGACAAGAGUGACGCACUCAGUGUGGCAGAAUUACAUGAGGAGCUGGCUUUGCAUACCUUGAACGAUCAGAGGAAGUUCUUUCUCUUGCCCACAAGUGCUACGUAUGCUGGCCUGGCCACUGCAAACAGCGUUCUCCACCUGAAGAGCAAGCUGAUCAAACUUCUUGCCCAGACCUGAUCGUUCUUCCAACUUCUCAAGGACAUUUGAGCCAGAUGAACUCUUCUCCGUUACUUUCCUCCUUGCAGCAACUACUUCAGAUCCUGCUUCAGCACUGUCCAGGAUCUACAGACUCUCUCAACUCAAAUAAGUGUCCUUGUUACCUGGAUGCUCCAAUCCCUUGCAGAAGGGAAGCCCAGCUGCCAACGGGAUAUUGGAUACAAACUCUACUGCUGUGGGUAAGAAGGAAGCAAAAUGGAAGCAAAGUCCACUGCUCAUGGGGCCAGCACCAGUCUAGGGUGUUAUGGGGUGGCUUCUGGCUGCUGUUCAUCUCAUUUAAAAUACUGUCUUAAGGAACUGAAAUUUUAAUAGAUGCACCUUAAAAAAGUUAUGGGACCUACUGCUACCACAUCCAUAGUAACAAAUAGGAAGAAAGCACUGAACCUGGCCUCUGACAUCUCCUGUAUGAAAGGGGUGGAAUACUCCAUCCCUUGCUAUCCUUUGGGAAUGUUGGAGGGCUAACUUUGCCCUGACUGCCGUUAGUAGGGAAUGGGCUGCACUCUCUCAAGCUGGCUGGAGUAAAAGCUAAGACUGGGAGUUCUUUAGCAUCUGGGCAGCAGAACGUGUGUAAGCAGUGAUUCUGGGAAAUUACCCCAGAGCAAUGCUAGCAGCUUUUGUUGCCCCCUCUCCAGGACAUUGGGUGUCCUUGUUUAAUAGCCAUUUCUUGUUAGGCUAAGCAUGUUAGAGCAACUCCUACUUGGAAGCAGUUUUACUGCCAGAAUUACUUUUGACCCGAUCAUGCCAAAGUAAAGUCAAUUCCCAACAAACUGGUACCCUCUAUCCCGGGGGAGGCAACCCGGUGACUUCCAAUGUUCUGAACUACAGCCUCCAUUAUCCCUGGCAAUGCCAAGCUGUGGCUUAUGGGAGUUGCAGUCCAAGACAUGGAGAGGGCACUGACCUACCUACCUCUGUUGUAUCUCUCCGAUGUGCAAUAGAUGCUUUCUUGCCCACUGCUUCUUAAACAAUACCUUCAGCAGGCCUAUGAAGGCUUGCCCAGGGGGAACAAGGAAUUGCUGCAGAGAGGGUUUUCGACAUCCACACAGGCUUCUGCACUAACUUAACAGAACAUUCCCUCUGUUUGGGCUUUUGUUUGAUCUGGUUCAGGGGUUAUCAAAGUUAGAUCAUUGGUGUACACUAGGAACUGGAAACAAAGAACAGGCUGCCCUGACAUGACACAGGUAGGCGCCUUCAUUUGGGCUGCCAGUGACAGAGCCUUUCUGGCAGACUUUGGCCUAAGCAAAAUCCUUCCUCUGGAAGAAGGAAUAACUCUACCCAGUCACCUGGCCAAUUACAUGCUCUUUCUUAAGCAAUAUAUUUGCUGCUACCUGGUUUUUUUAGGUGCCCUUUUCUUGCAGCAAGAGAAUAGAAGUAUUGCCUGGGCUUGACCUGGGUUCCUUUUGCAGAACCCGACAAUCUUUUUGUCUCUCUGCACCUCCACCGGUACCUGGCCUUAUCUGGUUCUAUUAUACAAUACAGGAAGCUUGGUUCAUAGCUAGUGGAUCCUAGGCUUCAACCCUCUGGUGGGUAUGAAAUUGAUCUCCAGUUGUUUACAUGAGUUUUUGCCUUUUCUGUAUCAAUAAAUGUUGUUACUCUCAUUA